AUGUCGCCUGGUGCAGCAAUCGACUACUACGAGGUCCUCAGCAUCGCCCAAACCGCCACGCAGCAGCAGGUCCGCGAAGCCUACAAACGCGCGGCACUCCAAUCCCACCCCGACCGCGUCCCCCACACCGACCCCAGCCGCCCCGCACGCACAAAAAAGUUCCAACAAGUCAACGAUGCCUACUACACGCUCAGCGACCCCGGGCGGCGCCGCGAAUACGACGCCACGCGCGCCUACCAGCGCGCCAACGCCAACGCCUUCCACACGCCGCCGCACCCAGAUGCGCACUGGGAGGACGCACAGUUCAGCGAUGUGUUCGAAGAGAUGAUGCGCGACGAGGGGUUCGCGCCCGGCGACGAAUCCGCCGGCACUGCCACUACCCCACGGGGAAAAUCGCUAUGGGGCAUUGUGGGCGGCCUCAGCGGCGGGGCGCUCGGCUUCAUCGUGGGAAAUGUACCGGGGCUGCUGGCGGGGGCGGUGGCGGGGAACCGCUUGGGGGCUGUGAGGGAUGCGAAGGGGAAGAGCGUGUAUGAGGUGUUCCAGGAGCUGCCGCAGAGCGACCGUGCAAAGUUGUUAUCGGAUCUUGCGUCGAGGGUGUUGGCGCACGCGGUCGGUUAA